CGAUAUCUUGCAGCUUGCUAUCAUGCCAACUCUUGACGUACCCGGCGCCUCUCUCUCCUACGAGACUCACGGAAGUGGUCCUCUUAUCGUCUUCAUUCCCGGCGGUCAGGGGACCGGUGAUGUCUACCACCCUAUCGCCACAGCUCUCGCUGCCAAGUACACCUCUGUUACCUAUGACCGACGUGGUUUCUCGGCUUCCAUUCUUACGUCUGAUGGUACGGCCGUGGUAUUCGGUUCCAGCUCGGGUGCCAUUGUCGCUCUCUUUCUCCUGCUCUCGUACCCGGAGUCUAUUCGUACAGUCAUCCCCCAUGAACCACCGGCGAUCGACCUUCAAGACCGAAGGGCAGAUUCCGGCGUUUCUGAAGUUCGUAGAGAGUAUGUCCGGAGGAAUGGAGCUUCAAAUGUUCAAACAGAGGUGGGCGAUGCUCACCGAUGAACAAGAGAACGACUUGAGCACCCAGAGGAUGAGAGAUCAAGCAUACUGGUUCGAGCACGAGGUCCGGCAGUACCCGCUAGUGAAGAUCGAUAUCGAGGCUAUUGCAAAACAUAAGGACAAGCUUCUCCUUGCUGUAGGGGAAGACUCGAAAGAAAUGUUUGUUUACCGUCCAAUCAAGAUUUUAUCGGAGAAACUGGACUUGCCUCUCCUUGAGGUUCCAGGAGCCCAUGUCGGGUAUGCCUAUGCAGCGGAAGCAUUCGCGCAGGUUCUUGCCGAGGCUUUGGCAAAG